GGGAGAAAACAAAUGAGGGUUUUUGAGAAGCAAAUAUCAUGCCGAAGAACAAGGGAAAGGGAGGUAAGAACAGGAAGAGAGGAAAGAAUGAAGCUGAUGAUGAAAGGAGAGAACUAAUUUUCAAAGAAGAUGGACAAGAAUACGCUCAGAUACAACGUAUGUUAGGUAAUGGAAGAUGUGAAGCUUCUUGUAUUGAUGGUACUAAACGUCUUUGUCAUAUUCGUGGUAAGAUGCAUAAAAAAGUUUGGAUUUCUUCUGGUGAUAUCGUUCUCCUUGGCCUUCGUGAUUUUCAGGAUGAUAAAGCUGAUGUUAUUCUCAAGUACAUGCCAGAUGAGGCAAGGCUGUUGAAGGCAUAUGGAGAGUUACCAGAGAACAUUAAGCUCAAUGAGGGUGUUAAUGCAUUGGAUGAAGAAGACGACGACCCUAAUGAUGAUUAUAUUGAGUUUGAGGACGAAGACAUCGACAGAAUUUAGAUUUUUUCUUACUUAAAUUUCUUUUUUGCCUUAUAUAUUCGUUAGAAGUAAACUAUAUGAUCACAGAGCUUUAGGUUUCUGUAUGAAUAUAUUUAUACUUCUAACAAGCUACUAUAUUAUUUCCUAUUUGCACUA